UUGAGUGACGCGACGCGGAAAAGAAAACGUGACGCUAACAGAAAGCUCUCCGAGAGCGUUGACGAAGAAAAGAAAGAAGACAGCACACCUAGAAGACAAAGAAGCAAGAGUGUCGGCCGCAAGGCUAAAUCCACGAGAGCCAGGAGAGUAAAUGACGUCCGUACUGAAGAACCCGCGCCUGUCAGGCUGGGGAAGGCGAAAACGAAACGGAAAACUCGCCUGGAGAGGCAGACAGGCGCGAAACGACAGACGGGAAGUAAAACAGUUACGAGCAAUGAAUCACCUGUCGCGAAGAAGGCUAAGGUUGACGAGGAGAACGUGGGUUACAAAACUGAUGACUCACAGCCGACCACUGAACCUGUGGAGGAAAAGACAGCGGCAGAACGAAAGGAGAAGACCGAGAAGGAAAGAACUCAGAAGAAAGCUCAGAAGACUCAUCAGGAGAGGCCGAUGAUGAGAUGGAUGUAG